AUGUCUCACCCAUAUUCCGGCCCAUCACGCAACUAUACCCCGCACCGAGAAGCACCAAUCUUCGCGGAAUCGCCUUCACAUCCUGCGCGCUACAGCACCGCACCACGAAGCGGAGUGAAACGCACAUACACAAGCGCAGACGGCGAUCCAGAAUUGAGCCGGAGCGCGAAGAAGCCCCGAGACCGUGAAGCUUACGAUCGGGCAAAGAGUGCUAUGGAUGCCUUCCAUUCGAGUCAGACGCGUCCUCUUCGACCGGUAUACGGUGAUACUUGGAGGGAGGGGCUGAGGUCCGUCAUCGCCGGCACACACCAUCCUUCGCCAGCGCCUGUCGACCAGUACGGGGACGAGAUCAAGCACCCGUGGUAUAGGCCUGUGCGGAAGUCGGCGGAAGAGCUGCGAGCGCAUAUGGUCAAGUGGGGAGAAGCUAUUGACGGAGAGCUUCGUAGUACGGCUAGACGGAGAGGAGACGUCGACGAUGGCCGAAGCAGGAAACCGGUUGACGAAGCGACGCCGAAGGCUACGGCUUUUCAUGAGCCGACCAAGACCUAUAUCAGUCGCGCAUCGGAUGUAUGCACUCAUUCGUACGGCGGGUCCGUACUGGCGGGCGUAGGCGUCAACGCUGGGUCUGGAAAGGCGUCGGCAGUGUGA